CGUCCUGCACUAAGUGUAAUUUUAAAAAAACUUGAAAAUUUAUCAGCAGAACCUAUCGAAUUUAUUUCUAAUGAUGUUAGAUAUGGGUCUUUAAAAGCAGAAAAUUAUCAAAGUCAACAUCGUCAUUCGUCUG